UGUAGCAUGUACUUGCGUGGAGUGAGCGUUAUGUUUUUAGUGCAUCCAUUCUGGAACUAAUUGGCUAUUUUACUAUUUACAGGGAGGGUUGAGGUCGAAGAUUGAUGAGUGGAGACGAGCAACGCUUACCAAACCCUGCCAAAUUUCCGGACCUAAAUUCUGUCAUAUUGGAGCAGGGCUGGGCAGCUAGCCUAGCCAUCAAUUGAAUCUGGAGCAGAAUACAGAGGAUAGUAUGGCCAUGACGGGAGGGACUGCAGCUGCCCUUCCCAUGAGCAACCAUACCCGGGAGAGGGUGACCGUGGCAAAGCUGACACUGGAGAACUUCUACAGCACUCUGCUGACACAACACGAGGAGCGAGAGACAAGGCAGAAGAAGCUGGAGAAAGUCAUGGAUGACGAAGGCUUGAUAGAUGAAGAGAAGGUCAUGCGACGCUCCCAGCACGCCAGGAAGGAGACAGAGUUCCUGCGGCUGAAGAGGACCCGGCUGGGCCUGGACGACUUUGAGUCACUAAAGGUCAUUGGUCGAGGCGCCUUUGGAGAGGUCCGCUUGGUGCAGAAAAAAGACACCGGGCACAUAUAUGCCAUGAAGAUCUUGAGGAAAGCUGACAUGUUAGAGAAGGAGCAGGUGGCUCAUAUUCGGGCAGAGAGGGACGUCUUGGUGGAGGCGGACGGGGCCUGGGUGGUCAAGAUGUUCUACAGUUUCCAGGAUAAGAGGAACCUCUACCUCAUCAUGGAGUUUCUACCUGGAGGUGACAUGAUGACCCUGCUGAUGAAAAAGGACACCCUGUCUGAAGAGGCUACCCAGUUCUACAUAGCUGAGACUGUACUGGCCAUCGACUCUAUCCACCAGCUGGGCUUCAUCCACAGAGACAUCAAACCUGAUAACCUGCUUCUGGACUCCAGGGGCCAUGUAAAGCUGUCUGAUUUUGGUCUGUGUACGGGACUGAAGAAGGCCCACCGCACAGAGUUCUACAGGAACCUCACACACAACCCUCCCAGUGACUUCUCUUUCCAAAACAUGAACUCAAAGAGAAAAGCAGAGACAUGGAAGAAGAACCGGAGGCAACUGGCCUACUCCACAGUGGGAACACCGGACUACAUUGCCCCAGAGGUGUUCCUGCAGACGGGAUACAACAAGCUCUGUGACUGGUGGUCUCUGGGGGUCAUCAUGUAUGAGAUGCUGAUAGGGUAUCCCCCGUUCUGUUCUGAAACACCCCAGGAGACGUAUAGGAAGGUGAUGAACUGGAAGGAGACCUUGGUCUUCCCCCCUGAGGUGCCCAUCUCAGAGCGGGCCAAGGACUUGAUUCUCAGGUACUGUAAUGAUGCUGAGAACCGUGUUGGUGCUGUGAGUGUUGAGGAGAUGAAGAGUCACGCCUUUUUUGAGCCUGUGGACUGGGAACACAUCAGGGAAAGACCAGCCGCUAUCUCCAUUGAGAUCAAGAGCAUCGAUGACACAUCGAACUUUGAUGAGUUCCCAGAAUCGGACAUCCUUCAGCCAGUUUCCAACGUGACGGAGCCAGACAAAUCCAAGGACUGGGUGUUCCUGAACUACACCUACAAGAGGUUUGAGGGGCUGACUCAGCGAGGCACCAUCCCCACAUACAUGAAGGCAGGGAAGGCCUGAAAUGAGGGCACAGCGUCUGCUAAAUAUAUGCCGAAUGACUUAAAUGUAAAUGUAAAUAAGGGAAAUGGGAGAGACAAUGUAGACACAGGGUUGGGCGGUAAAACCCCUGCUGUGCUGAAAGCACAGGAUCAACAAUAAUGAUGAGGAGGUUCUUGGCUACAUGCUUCACCAGGGUUUUCCUGCUUGGCCACAUCCAUUGGGGCACCAACGGCAAGAGGAACAGGGAUAUAAAUAAUACAUAUAUCAUAUUUUGUCUUAGGCCUUGCUUGGGCUGUUAAAGGGCAAGUUUGUGUUUUACAACUUGAUGUUAGAUGGUUCCUCAACCUGAAAAAACUGAACUUCCCCUUUGAAGUGACUACUACUAAAUCAACGGGCGGUUCUUCUGCCCAGGUGUUGCUGAAUUAUGCCUGAUCUUACAACACCUGGAUAGGUAUUUUACCUAUCGGGCUAACCACAUGUUAUAGCAAUCUGGUGUCCCGCGGCAUAGUCGAUGACGAGGUACGCAACCAUUGGUUGAUGCAACGUCUGAGCAGGGGAACGCGACCAUCAUAUCUGCAUGUUUAUACACUGAUUUGCAGGGUCUAAAACGCUGGAGAAGGACUGCCCCACACACGGUAUUCGUUGGGGGUUAUCCUAGUGACCUCAUGUAUGACUGCAGAAAAAUGCAUGUAGUUAAUGUUAAGUAAACGUGGUUUGCUAAACUUGUAGGUAUAAAAAGUUCUAACGUUUCAAGUAUUUUAUGGGUGCCAUUUUAGCCAAAAAGUUUCAUUCUAGUUACAAUGCAAAUAGUCAUCCUUCCGUCAUGGAACGUUCGCUGCUAACAUGGAGUAUGGUGAGCCAUCCGUACAUGUAUCUGGCUCUGGGAUUCAUCCAUUGUGGUGUCUUAUUUAAUGCCUUGAUAAUCUGGAAUUUAAUAGCUGUAAAUUAUUUAAUGGUGUCAAAGAUGCAUAGAAAAGUGUUGCAUUCUAGUGGUUGAGAUAAGAAACUGUAAUGUAGAAGCAGAUUUUGUUUUUGCAAGUUAGAGGACAAGUCAUGGAUGUCAAUGAAAAUUCAAUGCUACUAAUACUAAAAAGUAGCAAUAUGAUGCAGAAAGUAAACCGUAUAUUGGGUCAAUUUCUGCAACAACUAAGCGCGUUGAAGCGUGAUGCUUAACUUCUCUGCUUUUUUGGUCCAGUGGCUACCACGCUGUAUACGGUGUGAAGCGAACCCGUGCACAUGCGCAGAUGCUAUGUGUGACUGCGGGAGAGCAACGUCUUGCUCAUCUCCGUAUCUGCGGUGCUGCUCGUGGCAAUGUCACUUUACAUUAGUUACAUUUCUGUUCAAAUUUAUUGACAAAGAUAUCAGAUGGCACCUUUUUUUUUUUAAGAACAUUGGAAAUCAUGUUUGAUCUCCACUUCACAUCUCUCCCCAAAAUGCAUCCAUUAAGUUAGGAACUACAUUUUCAAUUAAAUGUACUUUUAUAGUAAACAUUUACUAAACUUUAGUGAAAACCCGCUGUGGGUGAUGUCAUAAAAAUAGAUAUUCAAACGUAAGGGUCAAACAUUUCAGUGAUUCUGAUUUAGUUGUGCACCUCAGCAACUUGCAUAUCCAAUAAUCUAAACUCGUGUAAUGUUGCCCUUGCUACAUCCCACUUGGCGUUUUUCCUAUUUUGUUGCAUUACAACCUGUAAUUUAAAUGGAUUUUUAUUUGGAUUUCAUGCAGUGGACAUACACGAAAUAGUCCAAAUUGGUGAAGUGAAAAAAAUA